AUGGUGAUGGCUGUAAAGGACCCGGCCUGUCAUGAUGCCAUGCAGCAAGUGUUGGACAAUGUACCAGAGGAGCAGCCCCCCAGUGGAGGACAGGGGGGGGACGGGGGAGGCGUUAAAGACAUCGACCUACUGUUCCUGCGUGGAAUUAUGGAAAGCCCCACGAGCACAGAGCGGGAUGACGAGGUGCGAUUGGAGGCUGUGCAGGAUAACAACGUGGAGCUGGUCAGCGACAUCCUGGGAGACAUCAGGCACCUGCAGAGCAAAGACCAGAGCACAGAGGAGCUGAAGAGGAUCCUGCAGGAGCCACACUUCCAGUCCCUGCUGGAGGCUCAUGACAUGGUGGCCUCAAAGUGCUAUGAAGUCCCGCCCCCGGCUGAAAUGACCAAUGACGCGGCAGUGAACAGCGCUCUGAUGCAGGCGGAUGCCGUCAGGAUGAUUGGCAUCAGGAAGAAGGCCGGAGAGCCGCUGGGUGUGACGUUCCGGGUGGACAAGGACGAGCUGGUGAUUGCGCGGAUCCUACACGGGGGCAUGAUUGACCGGCAGGGCCUGCUGCAUGUCGGUGACAUCAUCAAAGAAGUAAACGGGAAGGACGUGGGCAGCAACCCCACGGAGCUACAGGACAUGCUGAAGGAGUGCAGCGGCAGCAUCACACUGAAGAUCCUGCCCAGUUACAGGGACGCGCCCGCACCGCCACAGGUGUACGUACGGCCAUACUUUGACUAUGACCCAGCCCAGGAUAGUCUGAUCCCGUGCAGAGAGGCGGGAAUGGCCUUCCGCAGAGGAGACAUCCUGCAGAUCGUCAACAGGGAGGAUCCCAACUGGUGGCAGGCUUGCCAUGUGGUGGGAGGGGCCACUGGACUCAUCCCCAGUCAGUUCCUGGAGGAGAAGAGGAAAGCCUUUGUCCCCAGAGACUUUGAAGGAUCAGGGAUGCUGUGUGGGACUCUGGCUGGGAAGAAGAAGAAGAAAAUGAUGUACCUGACGGCCAAGAAUGCAGAGUUUGACCGGCACGAGCUGCAGAUUUACGAAGAGGUGGCCAGAGUCCCGCCCUUCCAGAGAAAGACCCUGGUUCUUAUUGGUGCUCAGGGGGUGGGGAGGCGGAGCUUGAAGAACAGACUGAUGGUGCUACAGCCCAGUCUGUUUGGCACCACUAUCCCCUACACGUCUCGCCGGCCCCGGGAUGAUGAGCUGGAUGGGGGCGCAUACCACUUUGUGUCGCGGUCAGAGAUGGAGCUGGACGUGAAGGCCGGCCGCUUCCUAGAGCAUGGGGAGUACGAGGGGAACCUGUACGGCACCAAGAUCCACUCCAUCCACCAAGUGGUGUCCAGCGGGCGAACCUGCAUCCUGGAUGUCAACCCCCAGGCUCUGAAAGUGCUGAGGACGGCAGAGUUCAUGCCAUACGUGGUCUUCAUAGCGGCUCCAGACUUUGACACGCUCAAAGCCAUGCACAAGGCUGUGGUGGAUGCCGGCCUGACCACCAAACAGCUCACGGACGUGGAUCUGAGGAAGACCGUGGAGGAGAGCGCACGCAUCCAAAGAGCCUACAGCCACUACUUCGACCUGACCAUCACUAACGAGAACCUGGACGCAGCCUUUGAUGCCCUGCAGGGGGCCGUGCGUGAGCUGGGCAGUGCACAACAGUGGGUCCCGGUCAACUGGGUUUACUAA